GGAGAGGAGCUGGAGUCCGAAGCCGAGCUGGAGUCUGACACGGACGCCACGUCCUCCGAGCUGAAAGUCAGCUCCCUGGACCUGAGCUACUCAGACACCAGCCGCACGGACGUGGACAAGGAGGGAGAGGCCCCCGAGUCCUGGUAUGAAAGAGCCAGGAGGGAAGCCAGUCUGGAGGACGGAGAACCCCUCCAUCCGUCAGAGCCCAGAGAAGUGGGGGGCUCCUCCCUGGAGUCCGCCCAGCAGGCAGCGGGCUCUGGGGACAGGCUCAGCCUCUCGGAAGAAUCCCAAGAGGAUCUCCAGCAAGAGGCCUCCCCCCAGGGGCUGAGCCACAGGGGCCGAAUCCCAGCCUCGGACGAGCUGUCCCGGACCACGGAGGAGCCUUUGGCAUGGGAGCCAGGCAUCGCGCCAGGCGAGUCCAGCGCCCACCCCAGGGAAGGGCCCCCGCCCUCCUUCCUGGACAGGAUCCAACAGUUAACCCUCUCGGAGGAAGGGGUCUCGGGGCCAGCGGAGUCCGAGGGGAGCGAGGAGGCUGAUGAAGACACGCCCCACCUGGUGGUCUUGGACCCGAACCACCCCCUGAUGCUGAGGUUCCAGGCCGCCCUGAAGAGCUACCUGAGCAGGCAGAUCGAGAAGCUGAAGCUGGAGCUCCGGGAGCUGCCGCCGGGCUCGGGGGGACCCCCUCAGACCGGCGCCCUGAGCGCUGCGGGCGGCCUGGCUCUCUCUGCAGUGGCUGCCCUGCAGGCGGAGAUGGAGACGCUGGCCCUGCACCUGUUCUACAUGCAGAACGUGGACGAGAAUGUGCGGGACGACAUCCGCGUGAUGAGGCAGGUCGUGAAGAAGGCGGAAGCGGAGCGGGUGCGGGCCGAGCUGGGCAAGAAGCAGCAGGACCUACACGUGGACCGGCUCACCACCCAAGCCAACCAGCUGGAGGAACAGAUUGCCCUGUUUGAGGCUCAGUCCUGUGCCCAGGCCGAGGAGACCCGGAUGCUCAGGAAGGCUGUGAGCGAGGCCUGCACCGAGAUAGACGCCAUCCGCGUGCAGAAGAAGCAGAUCCUGCAGCAGUGGUCCACCAGCCUGGUGGGCAUGACACGCCGGGACGAGGCGCACCGGGCCAUCCAGGAGGUGCUCAGCGAGUGCCAGCACCAGCUGAAGUCCGUGGACGGGGAGAUCGAGGCCUACAAGAAGUCCAUCGUGCGGGAGGAAGAGACCAACGAGAAGCUGGCGAGAGUGCUGAACCGGGCGGAGACGGAGGCCGGCCUCACGCAGAGGCAGACGGCGCAGUGCCUGGCACGGCAGGAGGCGCUGCAGGGCCAGCUCGGCACCUACCGGCUGGUCCUGCAGGACACGGAGGACGCGCUGGGCCGUCCCUCCCAGGAGUACGCCACGGCCACGGGCGACUUGCAGAAGGUCCACCAGGCCGUCCGGCACGAGAUGGACCUGCGGCGGAGGCUGGACGCCUGCAUCGUGGAGAAGCUGCAGGAGCACAUGACCAACAACAAGAUGACCAAGUACUUCCACCAGCUCAUCUUGAAGCUGCAGAAGGAGAAGACCAACCUGGUGACGCAUCUCUCCAAGAUUGACGGGGACAUCGCUCAGGCCACGCUGGACAUCACAAACACCCACUGCCGGCUGGACAUGCACCAGAAGGCGCUGGCCGAGCUGGACAGGGAGGUGAAAAAGGUCAACGAGCUCAUCAGCAACAGCGAGAGCGAGAUCUCCCGGCGCACGAUCCUCAUCGAGAGGAAGCAGGGCCUCAUCAACGAGCUCAAAAAGGAGCUGGAGCACACGGUCUCCGCGCUGGGGGGGGAAGAGCUGGGGCCCAUGGAGCUGGAGAUCAAGCGGCUGAGCAAGCUGCUGGAGGAGCAGGGCGCGGACCUGACGCAGGCGCAGGUGAGCUGGCUGCGCCUGCAGCAGGAGAUGGUCACGGCCUCGCAGCAGCGGGAGGAGCAGCUGGCCUCGCUGCACCUGUCCCGCAAGGAGGUCCGCAUCCUGGAGCAGAAGAAGCUGCGGAUCGAGAAGAAGAUCGAGCAGGAGGCCAAGGAGCAGAAGGACAUCGAGCGGCACAUGAAGGGCCUGGACAACGACCUGAGGAAGCUGAGCCUGCUGGUGAACAGGGGCCGGAGCAGCUCCGAGGACCUGCAGCGGGACAACCUGCUGACCGAGACCGAGUUCGUGCACGCGCUCAAGGCCUCUGAGAGGGAGACGAUCGAGAUGCAGGAGAAGCUGGAGCAGCUGACGGAGGAGAAGGCAUCGCUCCUCAACCAGCUGGUGGAGGCCGAACACCAGGUCAUGCUGUGGGAGAAAAAAAUCCAGCUGGCAAAGGAGAUGCGCGCCUCGGUGGAUUCCGACACGGGCAAGGUCAGGCUUGGGCAGCUGCUGAAGCAGCAGGAGAAGAUGGUCCGGGACAUGGAGCUGGCCAUCGCCCGCAGAGAGACCAUCUCGACCCGGGCCGAGGGCCAGAGCAAGACGGGCAGGAAGCCGCUCACCCGCACGGACUUCUACCACAGGCAGGCCGAGCUGCGGCGGAAGAUCCGGGACCUUCACCAGGUCACCGAGGAGUGCAGCAACAACGUCCUGGAGCUGGAAGAAACCCAAAAGCGGAUGAGCAGCUCCCUCCUGGAGAAGCAGACACAGCUGUCCGCCAUGCAAGCCCGCACCGAGGAGCUCGAGGCCAACCUGAAGCAGCUGGUGGCCCUUAAGGGACAGAAACUGUCCGAGCUUGUGAACCUGCAGACCCGCCACAAGCACCUGCAGGCGGUGAAGGAGGGCAGGUACGUGUUCCUGUUCCGCUCCAGGCAGGCGCAGCUGGAGGAGCGAAGGCGCCUGGACGACCGGCUGGCCACCAUCGGCACCAUCCUCGACCACGUGAAGGACGAGCACCCUCAGUUCCAGGAGGCCCUGCUCAAGCUCAGGCAGACGAUCGCCAGCAAGCUGGACUCCCCGGGGCCCUCCUAGGGCCCAGCCUGGCCCGCCCCUUCCUGGGCUGGCCCCCCGGGGUAGAGGCCAGGAUUUUGUGUAUUGCCUGGGACUUAGGAUAUUUCUGUGUCACCAAAAGCCAUGUCUACCCUCCGAAAAUGACCCAGAUUAAGAGAAAUAAAUAGGCCAGCACUGUA